AUGGCGGGCAAGGCGGGGAACAAGCGCACUGGCGUGAUGCGAGGAGGCCUCGUCCUUUGCCUUCUAUCGGGCGCCGUCAUGUUUCUACUCCUGUACUCGACGUUGCCAACCCGAGCGGACAUUCGAGGUUCCCGAGAGGCCACCUGUGCGCUAAACAUGGCCAACCCGCUCAACAAAAACCUGCCCAGGCCUUCUCGAAGGCGCCCGACGGACGCGUGCUCGCCCUCGGGCAACAUCAUGUUCAUGAAGACGCACAAAACGGCGAGCAGCACGCUCCUCAACAUCCUGUUCCGCUUCGGAGAGAAACACAAACUCAAGUUCGCCCUCCCCGACGGCCGCAACGAUUUCUUCUACCCGUCGCCCUUCAGCCGCCGGCAGGUGAAGGGCUACCGGCCCGGCGAGUGCUUCAACGUGGUCUGCAACCACAUGCGCUUCGACCCCGCGGAGGCGGCGGCGCUGCUGCCCCCCGACGCCGCCUACGUCACCAUCCUGCGUCACCCGGCCCGCGUUCUGGAGUCGGCCUUCCGCUACUACGGGAGCGCCGUGCCGCUCACCUGGAGUAUAGGCGGCGGCGGCGACAAACUGGAGGAGUUCCUCAGGAGUCCUCGGACCUUCUACAGGGCUCACGCCUACAACGCCUUCUACCUGAAGAACUUGCUGUUAUUCGACUUGGGCUCGGACAACGACCUGGACGCGGACCACCCCGGGGUGACCGAGGCCAUUCGGACCUUGUCCCGGAGGUUCCACCUGGUCCUCAUCGCGGAGUAUUUCGACGAAUCGCUCAUCCUGCUCAAGGAGACUCUGUGUUGGAGCACGGAGGAUAUUCUGUACUUCAAAUUCAACACCCGCGCGAGAUCAUCCGUCACCCGUCUGAGCCCGGAGUCCAGCCACCGGGCCUUGGGGUGGAACGGCGCCGACUGGAGGCUCUACCGACACUUUAACGCCACCUUGUGGGACAAAGUGGAGGCGUACGGGCGGGAGAGGAUGAAGCGGGACGUGGCCGAGCUCCGGCGGAGGAACGCCGAGAUGCGAGCGCUCUGCCUGGAAGGCGGGGAGGCCGUGGAGGCGCCCCGCAUCCGGGACCGCCGCUUCCUGCCCUGGCAGCCCCUGGGGGGGGAGUCCAUCCUGGGGUACAACUUGAGGAACGGCAUCCGUCCCGAACUGAGGACCGCGUGUGAGAAAAUGCUCACGCCUGAGAUUCAAUACCUGGCGGACUUGGGGGUCAGCCUCUGGCUUACGAGGCUGUGGGGGUGGUUCAAAGACGUUAUUUGCUGAUUAAACCUUCAUUUAGGCGUCACGUCGCCACUUUUAUGCAAGCCAAAAUGUGAUUUACAAUUUUUAAGGGGAAAAAAAAAAAAAAAAGAGGGAACUGCAGUCAAAAAAAAAAAAAAAAAAAAAAGAAUUUGGCCACUCUGAUGUGGAAAAACUGUAGAUUGCUCCAUGGAAACGUGAUCUUUGUUCAUCGUUCAAAACUGCUUCCAUAUGCGUUAUGAAUCACACGUGUCAACAUUUUCCAUCAGAUUCAAUUUUUCUUUCGAAACUGAAAGUUUCAAUAUUGAGUUUCACGUUUCAGUUUGAAAACGAGAGUUUCGAGCGAUGGUUUAACCUCGAGUUCAACUUUAAAAUUGCGGUUUCGAGUCAAGAGUUGUAACGUAAAAAGGAUUUUUUUUUUUUUAGAAUCUCUGACAUACAAACACAAAAUAUAAAAAUAUACACAGUCGCGUUGGUAAAAUGAUGCCAAAUACGAUGAAACUAGCAUAAAAUACGUCCAAACUUCCCGUUGCUAGUUGAGUCUUGGCUUCGAAAGAACGCGAGAGGUGGGAAUUGACCCCACCGUACAGGGCACUUAACCAGGCCUCCUGAAGUUACGUCACCCCACGUGCGCUAAACUCAGACAAACAAUUAGCAAAAAUGGCGGCGCAGCAAGAAAAGACUAGAGCGAAAUUGUCCAACUUACCAGCUGAUUUCUCACUCGCAUUCUUAGCCAACAGUGAAAUAUCGUUGAAAAGCAGACAGCAGGGCUUCAAAUAUUUCAGCGAGGGGUAUUUCAAUGGUAUUUACACGCAUAUCGACGGAGAAACCAUCGAUAUUAGCGCGAGAUCUUUCCGGAGUCAGAGGAAGACCGAGAAGCCACAUAAUAUAAUAUAUUAUAACCCAAAGACGAAUUCGUCAUUGAAAGUUUCCUAUUUCGUGUUACAUGUCACACUUGUGUGCAGAAUCUGGAUGUGUGUCUGUAUAGCCGUUUGUGAACCGCCGUAUGAAGGAAAAGAAGAAGGCGAGGCUUGAUUUACGAGUUGUUUCUCUCGUUUUCUUUGCGUAACGUCACGCGCUCCCCUCAAUAAUUAUUCUUGAAUUAGUGCCGAACCUACGCAAGUCCCGACCGAGUCCGACAAUCACCACUUUAGUGUCCUCAAAUAUCCUUCCUUCAGUCUUGGUGUCUCGGUGCACGUCGAAGGUUUUUAGGACUGCGAGUCCGGUUUAGCUUAGCUAAUUAGCCGCGAACAAUGGGACACGUUUGUGCAGUCAGAUCAUCGCAAAAUAUCGCUCAACACAGAUCAAGUGUGUCAAUCAUUCACGCGGAGCUAUGUUAUGCAAGCGAAGAACUUUGAAUUCAUUUAUACGAGACAUGUAUUGAAAAUCAAAUUUAGGGCUUACCUUCGAGCAAACAUAUCUGUUCCGG